CCGACUUAGAUGUUAACCUUCGAAAAAUGUCGAUGAAAAGCAAAAAUCUGUGCCGGUUUACGCGCGAACUCGACGAAAAACUCAUCGAGCUAGUGUCAAAGAACGAGGUGCUCUACAACACGAAUCACAAAUUUUACAAAGACAUCGCCGUUAGGGACGACGUGUGGUUGGCCAUCUCGUCGAUCGUCGGCAAGACCGUUCAAGAUUGCAAAACCAGAUGGCGCAGUCUGCGAGAUCUGUACCACCGGAAGAAAAAGGACGAGAAAAAAGGCAAGAGGCCGCGGAUAUCGUGGGAGUACAUGGAAGCCAUGUCGUUUUUAGAGAGCUUCCUGUCUGAGAAGGAAAGGAAGGCGCUCCGUGAAGAAGAUCCCGACGACAUCGACGAGGACAAACCGCUCGCCGCCCUGGCGUCCAAAUCCACCCAAGAAGUCGACCCGCCCAGGCCGCAAAAGGAGGACAACAAUCACAGCAACCCCUCCAAGAAAAUCAAGGUGGAAAAACCUGACGCAUACCAUCAGUUCCACGAAACCUCGCUCACGCUCCAAUUGCUCAGAGAGAUCAGGGACGCCACGAGGCACAAGCAGGACCCCGUUAUGACAUUUUUCGAGAGCAUGGCGAAAACGGUGAUGACGUUUCCGGCGGCAUUGGCAGCCGAGGCCAAACUCAAGGUAUGUCAGAUCGUCACCGAGAUAGAAUGCAGGCUGUUGGACGAGACCGGCGCCUAUCCAGAGAAUUUUACCAAUUGCGAUUGAAUCUU